GGGAUGGUUCGACCCGGCGGCCUUGUCCGUGACCGGAAGUGAGGCAGAGGUCGAGUAGCCCGUGGGUGGCGCCUGAGGGAAACUCCCGGGUGGGCGGUUAAUCGCCGGCUUUGUCUCUUCGGAGAAGGCGACGACGUUGGCUUUCUUCAACGGUCUGCCUUUCCCCCCCCUUUCUGGCGCUUCGGGGGUGGGGGGGGAGGUGAGGUUCCACAACACCCCUGCGAGAGUUUGGCUCUUCAGCACAUCGCCACCGAUCCUUACAGGACUCCCUCUUCGUCUGGACAACACACCGCUUGAUUCUGUCCUUGUAAACCUAGAUUAUAGAUAGAAGCGAUCUGAACUUGGGGGCUGCAGCGAUGUCGACUUUCCCCAAAAGUUGCAAUCCUUUUGACGAUGACGAGGAUGACUUCAAGCCGGUCAAGUGGAACGAAGGAGAUGAGCCUCCAAGAGAAGGUCCAGACAGACAAAGAUAUUUACAACAGGAAGUCAUGAGGCUCUCGAAAUCGACUCUAGAUAGCACCAAUAAGUCACUGUCUCUCAUUUAUGAGUCUGAACACGUGGGAGUCGCUGCAUCAGAGGAACUUGUGCGGCAAGGGGAAGUCCUGAAGCGUUCUGAACGCAUGGUGGAUAAGAUGGAACAAGAUUUAAAGACGAGUCAGAAACACAUCAAUAGCAUUAAGAGCGUCUUUGGGGGCUUCGUCAAUUACUUCAAAGCCAAGCCGCAAGACCUCAAAGUUGAGCAGAAUGGAGCCUCCGAAUAUCAAGGAAGCAACAGAUUAAAAGAAGCAUUAUCCGUCAGCAAAGAGCAGGAGUCCAAGUACCAGGAGACGCAUCCCAAUUUACGGAAGUUGGACAACUCAGACUUCAGUUCCAGUGGAAGUAGUUCAAACAACCCAGCCCAGUCUGAUCAUUACCCCAGGAACCAGCACCUCCGUGCUUACCACCAGAAAAUUGAUAGCAACUUAGAUGACAUGUCCACCGGGCUGGGCCGACUGAAAAAUCUCGCUCUUGGCUUGCAAACCGAAAUAGAUGAUCAGGAUGAGAUCCUGAAUCGCCUCACCGGGAAAGUGGACACCUUGGACAUCAACAUCAAAAGCACAGACAAGCGAAUCAAGGAGGAGCUUUAAAGGAAUCCUGGGGCGUCUCUCACCUCAUGUUUAUAAACUCAAUAUAUUUUAUGCAGCUGGGGGGGCCUUUUCUUGCCCCAGCUGCAUUGGGAAAGCGCUAGAGAAAAGAGGUUGCUAGUCCAUCUUGCUGUGUGAUUAAAAGUGUGAAUAGUCUUAAGUGCAAUCUGAGAAAUUUAAGCUACUUUCUUUCGCGUGUAAUUCAUAAAAGCACUCUGAAGUGCUGCUGGAACUUCUGAUUUUGGAGGAAACAUCUCAAUUCUGGACAAUGAUUGGAAAAGACGAUUAUACCCUGCCUUUCGGUAUUCCUUUCGCCUUAAUUGUAGCAGGUACGUGCAUUGCCUCUUUCACUUCCUGCACAUGUAUACAUUUUUAUAAAAGGCUAGCUACAUAUAGUUGAACAACAGUAUAAGUGCAAAGUUCGCCGUACAUUUCAAAGCUGGGUUGUGACAAGAUGCUUCUGGUGCAUGCGAUGAAAACCUCACCCUGACUCCAAACUUAAGCUACACCAAUAAAGCAGUCAUUAUCAACUCAAUGUUUAUUACAGUCAAAGACCAGAGCAAGUUAAAAACACUUGAGGAAUAUCCCGUUAAAAAUUCUAGGACGAAAUAACAACAAAUCUAUAUUUAAUCUAUAUUAAAAUUCUAGAACAAAAUAAUAACAGAUCUAUAUUAAGAAUCACAACUUGGCAUCCAAUCUAGAAUUUUUAACGGGAUAUUCCUUUUCACUUGCUCCGGUCUUUGACUGGCAUAAACUUUGACUUGAAGCAGUCAUUGUGGGGGUUGGUAUGUUUGUGUCAGUCUCCAAAGUACUUGCCUACUUGAUUUGUGCCAGUACAAUUAAACCCAAACUCAGAAAGAAAGAAAAAAAAAAGAUUUAGAUGAAGGCAUGUCUCCAAGACUUAAAAGCUUCAGGAUGCUACUUUGGGUAGGAAUGCUUCAAUUCAAAAUAAUGCCUUUUGUGGUUUUCUCUCAGCAACGCUUCUCUGGCCUGUAGCUGUUGAGCCUUGUUGACUCAAUAUCUUUUACAAGGCCGUUACUGCUCCAGGUCUAUUUUAAAAAUAAUAUUGGAGAAGAAACUACAUGGGGGAGGCACUCUAAAUUUCCACUCAACUGGUUCCAACGGACCUCUUUCAACACAGUUAAAUUUCACCCAUGAGAUCUUGUCUCGUGCAUCUGUGCCCAGAUGAACUUGUGAUUGUUUGAUUUGCGUCUUCCCUGAUGAAUGAAAGGUCCAUUCCUGAAAAUAGUCUUUGUCCUUAUGGGUGAUAUUUUAUUCCUGGAAUGUCACUUCUCUUUUGUGUGAGUGUGUUAAAUUCUACAUAAUCUGUCUAUACUUGAUAGCAAAAUACCAAUUUUCUUGUAAGUGUGUCUUCAGUAAAUCAUUACAGUGAGGAAUUUUGGAAACAGCAUUCAUUAAAACAAUUGUUUCUCUCC